AUGAAGAAUAUUCCUCCCUAUGGAUACCUGUACCAUAAACAGUUGCAGUCACUGUUUAGACAGUGUGGGCAGGUAAAAUCUAUUGCCUAUGAUGGAUCAAAGGCUUUUGUGGAGUUCUCUCGUAACCCAAUGGAGGGCUUUAAGAUACUUCCUGCAGUGUAUCUGUCAGUCAAGAUGUCACAGCUCAAAAUUCCUCUUGAGCUGAACGUUCAUUAUCCAGAUGAUAUUGAAAGGCAAUUGCAAGGUGUGAGAGCUGCAAGUAUGGAAUCUCUAAGAGUGAAUGUGGACUGUCAGAAGCAGACAGUGGAGCCUGUGGAAAUCUCAUUUGGUACUUCACAACAGUCAAAGAUGAUCCCAAGUCGUUUUCUGUCCAUCAGGAUAACAGAGAUAGUAGAAGUUGGACACUUCUGGGGUUACAGAACAGAUGAAAAAAAUAGGACUGUACUCCAGGCUCUAACUGCUGAAAUUAACUACCAGAACCUGAUGGAUUUAACAGUGUCUCCACAUCCAGAGUUGGUUUGUCUGGCACCGUUCACUCAUCUGGAAAACAGAGGAUACUACAGAGCUCGUAUUCUGAAUGUUUGUGGAGAUUUUGCUGAGGUUUUUUUUGUGGAUUAUGGCAAUAGAUCAAAAGUGCCUUUAAAGAAAUUGAAAGAGAUUCCAACCUGUCUUCGAGAGCUUCCUUUCCAGGCUUUAGAAUUCAAGAUAUGCAAGAUGCGUCCAUCUGCAAAAUCUCUUGUAUGUGGGGAAUGGUGGAGUUACAGUGCUAGCCAGAGAUUUGCCUCACUGGUAAACGGCUAUACUCUUCUAGUGAAGGUGUAUUCAGUUGUGCAUAGUGUUCUGCAUGUGGAUGUUUUCCAUUACUCGAGGUGCAAAGAGGAGCUUCUGAAUAUUCGAGAUGUUCUUAUUGAAGAACAUUAUGCUGAACUAGCGAAAGAAUCAUACGAAUCUCAACAAAGCCAUGAUUUGCUCAAAGGAUUAUUUUUGGACCAAGUGAAGAACGAAGAGAAAAUGGCUGUAUCUUCAAGAAAGAAAGAAAAGCAUCUAAUUGAAAGAUUGUUAAACUUGUUUUCUGACAAUAAAUCUGGUGCACCAACCUAUAAGGUAGCAGUUUUUGGGCCGUUCAGUCCUUAUGAGGUGAAAUGCUACAGUAUGACUAGAGUAUCCCAGUUCAGAAAUGCUUUCAUACAGAAGGAAAGCAUAAACUCUGUUGUUGUCCAUGAUGCUCCAGAAGAUCCCUUUCAGCAAUUGUUGGUUGCUGCUUCUUUAUCAGUAAAUGCAACUGGAUCUACUGUGAUUUUAGAGGAAACAUCUUUGAUGCCUCCUAUUCCUGGCCUGCUUGCACUUCUCAGUAUGCUGUUUGCUCCUGCUAUAGAACUCAGGGUUGAUAAAAGUGGAAAGUAUUAUACUGGUGUUCUGUGCGGUUUGGGUUGGAGUCAGACUUCUGGGGCUCCGCUGCUUCCAGAAAAUGACAUGGAGCUGACAUUUGACGUGCAUUUUGGAGUGGAAGACAUAUCAGAGAUAAACAUCCUAAGGACAGCCAUUAAUAAGCUGCUCUGUGAAUGUGCAGUGUGUUCUGGACAAGGGAGAAUGACACAGCUGCAGGAAAAUGUUCGUCAGAAACUUCUAUGUUUAAUCUGCAAACCAAAACCUCGAGAUAUAAUUGUUCCUGUAUGGUAUGAGAAGCCAUAUGCAUGGAACCAGGUGGAUUCUCAGUGUAUCAUUGACCAGUCAGAAAAGAAGCAGGAAAGAGGAAAUGAUCUUUAUCAGCUACAUAAACUUGUUGUGUUGAAUGUUUAA